AGCGGAGGCAGCUCGAGCCUCAUUUCAUUCAUCAUCAUCGACCUUAUCGCUCACAUGGCCAUCAUCGCCACCAACCCUGCGUCUUUGGCGCCAUUGCAGGCCUCGCUAUGAUUCGCAGUAACGCACAGCACUGGAAUUGGGGUCAGAGCGGCUGGACUGGGCCAGGUGCACCGACUGGGCCUCGACAUGACAAUGGGUGGAGCAGCCGCCACGACAGCGCCGUUGACCCUCCGUCAUCGUCGCCCAGCAGCAGUACAUCACGACAGCCCAGCGGUACACAGCAUGGUCCGUCCUCUAGGUCACAGCCUCCCUCGCGGCUCGAUCGAGGCCCACCUCGAAACGCUCCCGCUGGACCCACAGCAGCCGUCCAGGCGCCGCCAAAACGGGCAGAGGAUGUCCAGCCUAACGAGAUCGGGCCGCAGCCUGCGCUGCAAAGCAUGUUCACCACCAGACGUCAUGUAGCGCCGGAGAAGCCUAGCGCUCCGCCGAGCAUUGUGCCUGCACGGCCCAAGAGCAGCUUCACAUUAGCAAACGCAGCAGCAUCGUCGUCCUCGGGAGGGACCCGGCCUUAUCCACCUCCACGACCACUUCUUGGUAGAGGCGGCAGUCUAUCAGCAAGACCAUUCGCUGGACCCUCUCGGACGAUUGCACCUCCAUCCAAUCUACCAGCCGCUGUGUCUCACCCACUUCCUGCAGCACCCGCCUGGCUCACAGGGCAGUCGUCAACUAGUACUUCGAUCUCGAAUCGUACGUCGUCGGAACAAUCCUCUUCGAGGCUGAGCGAGAGACAACCCCAGUCACCUCAGACGCAGGCGAGCUCGUCAAGCUCGCAAGCUGAGCGCAGCGCCACCAAAAAGAAGAAGAAAGGCAGCGACGCCGCAAACGCCAAGGGCAGCUCAUCGCUGUCACAAGCCCGCAGUCCACCUCGAGCCAAGAAGAAGGCGAAGGUCGACCACCAACCUCAAGCUCCGAGACCGAAAAGUACAGCCGCCCCAUCUCCAGCCCACGAGCCGUCAAUGUCCACUCCCACCUCAACAUCCGCCUCCAGAACCGACUCCCCCCUUCCCUCGUCCUCGUCCUCCUUCUCGGUCCCGUCCUCGCGCAGAGCCACCCCUGCUCAAUCAGACGCCGAGGCUGCAAAGGCAGACGCGGCCGCCAAACUCGAGCUCAAGAAGCAGACCAGGAAGCGCAAGAGACAAGAAGCGUAUGCUCAGGCAGUGGAGGCGAAGCAGCAGAGAAAGAAGGCGCACUUCGAGAAGCUGCCUUUGCACGAGCGGGAGAAGGUCUUGAAGCUGGAGGAGGAGAAGAGGGUUAAGCGGGAAGCAAGGGAGAGAGAGGAGAAGGAGCGGCAGGAGAGGGAGAGGAGGAUGAAGAAGGAGCGGAAGGAGAAGGAGAAGCGAGAGAAUGAGGAGAGGGUGAAAGCGCCGAGGGAGAGGGAGGCGAAGGCGAAGGCGCAAAAGGAGAAGGAGCAUGCAGCUGCGACGGCAGCCUUUGUGAGUCGAGGUGGCCCGCCGCUGGCUGCCGACAGCGGAAUGAGCAAGUCGCAAAGGAAGAAGCUCAACAGAAGAAUGAAGCGGCAGGAAGAGGAGGAGGCUAGGGCUGCGCAAGAUCAUGCAAGGCGGUCCGCCGCUUCCGGUAGCGGGACGAGUGGUGUCGCUACUCGAGAAGAGGAGAAACCUCCACGUAGCAAAGAGCAUGAGGCGGCCACUGUAGAUCACGACAAUGGCGAAGGCAAAGGCAAGGCCAAGGCCAAGGAGGACGAGCUAGUCAGAGGAACACCUCCAACCGCUCCAGAGUCGCUGAGGCGUGCGGGUGGACAGGAGCCUGAGGCAGACUUGACCAUCGACGAAGAACUCACAGACGAAGACGACGAGCUGUCCAUCGUGGAAGUUGCACAAAUGCCGCGGGAGGCGACUGCCCAGAAGAAAAGUGUAGCCCCACACAAAGACGGCUGCAUAGGCACAAAGGCCGAGCCACCCGUGGCGGCACCAAGAGUCGCUGCAGAGGAUCUGGGUACCGCGCCUGCUGAUGAGAUGGAAGCGGACAGCAACGUCGGCGAGCAACGCCAGGGGCAAGAGCAAGAUGAUACUGCUCCCGCCACGACGGCUUCGGUCGCUUCAAAACAGCCAGUAGAAGCGACUGAAAUGCCCGCUCCGCUUCCCAUCUCCAUCAAGGAAGAGCACCUCGAGCCAGCAGCGCCAGAAUCGAACGCAGCCUCAGCAUUACCAGCGCAUGUCCCACCUGCAGGGCGCAGCGAGCCCGAGACUCCUGUUCUCCUCUCAGCCGACUUGAUGGGUGGCUCGGCUCUCCAGGCAGCGAUCGAGGCCGCAAACGAAUGGUUGAAGGAAAGCUCAGGGGCGCCCGCACAAGAGGAAGGCAUGCCACCUGCGCCCGCUGAAGCGACUACCCCCCUGCCGCCACCACCAGCCCAGCUCGAGCUCAACGACGUCUUCUUCGGCCGGGAUGCCAGUCCUGUCCCAUCCAUCGCGCGAUCGGAGGACAGUGGCACAAAGCCCGCCCUGACCUCUGCGAAGUCUACGGCCUCGGAUGACAGUAAUGGCAAAGCCGCAGCAGAGCCUGACGCCUCGACGUCGACUUUGCCGUCCACAAAGCCGCACACAAGCAGCAGCAGCAGCAGCAGCAGCAGCAGCACCGCGCUCCGUCUUGCCCCUUGGCAUCGUCACGAACGCAUACCCCUCGGGCACGGCCAGACUGCGAGCUUCCACUGGCUUGCUAGCAUGCGAUCCCAAUCUACCGGCCUCUCAACCCUGUUUGCCCUUUCUUCUCGCGGCAGGACGUCAAUAUGCCUGUCUGGAGAGGAGGAAGAUGACGACGAGCAGGAUAACGUACCGCUGGCUCUGAGAAGUAGGGACUGUCAAGUGUCGAGCCUCUCACCUGCUAUCAAGCCGCGCGAUGUUAGGAGGCUGAGCACGCACGCCGUAGCGAUCGCUUCGUCGCCUACGAAGAGCGUGAAGCACAAGACUGGGCGAGAGGCGGGGACGCAGGUGACUUUGGUCUUCGCAAGGCCCUCGCAAAGCGAAGAGGACGACGAUGACAAGGAUGCACACGAGCGAGAACGGCGCUCCGUCCGUGCCUCUCUCACUGCCCUGCCGCAACAGCCUCACCUCUCCAGCGGCGGAGCGACCUCUGUCGCGCCCUUUUUGCCCAUGAACGACGGUGCCAUCAACGACAACAGUGGCAAAGGCGACGCCCUCAGCUUCAUCACCGGUGGGGGUGACGGACACGUCCACUCGUGGUCGUAUCGUCGCGGAUCCAAAGCCAGCGUGCAGCGUCUCGACGUCCAGCCGCAUCGUCAUGCCAUCUACGCGCUCGAGACGCUUCCGAGCAUCGAGCUAGUGGUGAGCGCCUCGCGUCCCCCACAGCAGGCUACUACGGCGGGGCAUCCAAGAACAGACCCUGCCUCUGGCCAUGGAACGGACUUGAUGGCCUUCGAUGGUCGCACGUCUAAGAUGGUCCGCUUCUGGCAUUCGACGGACCAUUGUUCCAAGCUAACUCGCACCCGCCUGCCCCACAUCCUCGACAUAACCUCGCUACGGGCCGACUACGAUCAGCAUAAGCUUUACGAUCUGCGCGCGGCACAGCAGCCCGUCACGCAAUUUGGCUGGCUCGACUCGACGAGUGUAGGGGCACUGGGUAGGCUGGGGCGACCAGCCUUUCAUGGCAGUUACUGCAUUCAGGGCUGUCCAGAUGGGAAGGUUAGGAUGUGGGACUUAAGGAUGUGUACACGCGGGACGGUAGGGGUCGAGGAGGUCGGCGAAGGUGGGGAGCCAUUGGGGGACUGCGUGUGGAGUGGUGGGAGGGGUUGGGGACAGAAGGGAGCAGGAGGGACAGGAGGGCAAGUAGGGGCAGGGUCGAUUGUAGCUCUUGCUGGGCCAAGGGCCUGGAGGGUGCCGCUCGAGAGCUAUACGGGGGGCGUGGGCGCGUGAGCGCGACGUGCGACAGUGCUUCUCAUCAUUCAUCAGCAUCAUCUGUACUUCCAUCUACUUCAUUGAUACGAGCCUCAUGACAGUCAGCCAGUCAGCAGCCAGCCACAGUUACGCACGCUGCUCUUGCCUUGUCUCACCGUCACACGAGCAGGCUUCGCUCUGCCCGCUACGAAGCUGACUGCUUCUUUUCGGGCCUCUCAGAACG